AUGGGCUCCCGGCUGAGCCGGCAGAGCAGCCUGGAGGAGGAGAGCGGCGAGGAGCCCUGCUCCGGCAGGCUGGAGAGCGGCCGGGGCGACUUCCACCUCUCCUCGCUGCUCCUGCACCCGCAGAAGCUGCCCGGGGUGCUGCGGAAAGCCUCGCCCGCGCCCUACGUGCGGCGGGUGGGGUGGCUGCGGGAGAUCCAGGCCACCAUCCGGGAGCACAAGCGGGAGCACGCCGUGCACAUCCUCCGGCUGCUCAGGAAGGACCUCGGACUGGAAGGAACAUUUCUCAAUGAAGUGCUCUACAAAAAUGCAACUUUCCUCAACUUGGUGGAUCCCAUCUCCCAUGACCUGCUGAUGAGCCUUGCCAGAGAUCUGCAAUGUCCCAAAAAGGAAUAUGACCCCUGGAAAUCCUCAGACAGGAUCUGCAGGCAGCUGAUUUACCACCUAACCCCGCACUCGAAAUGGCACCGGCACGGGAUGCCCCGCAGGAAGUCCCAAGUGUGCCUGAAGACCAGCCUGCAGAAGAAGGUGAGCCAGGACUCCAUGGAUUUGUCAGGAAUCCCCCUGACCAUGCGGGAUGUCCAUCGCAUGGCCUACUACCUGCAGAACAACGGGGACCACCUGACCUCGGUGGACCUGAGCUUCACGGAGCUCAACGACGACAUGGUGCGCCUGCUGCUGCCCUUCCUCUGGGCGCUCCCCAAGCUCACCCACCUGUCCCUCAACGGCAACCGGCUGACGCGGGCCACCAUGAAGGAGCUGACUGACACCAUGAAGGACAUGAACAAGUUCCCUUGCCUGGCCUGGGUGGACCUCGGCAACAACGUGGACGUCUCCUCCAUGCCGCAGCCGCUGCUCGUGGGCCUGCGCAAGCGCCUCAGCCAGCAGACCACGCUGCCGACCAUCUAUGAGGCGCUUGACUGCGACUCUGAGAUCGCCGGCGGGCACGAGGGCAGCCAGCCAGAGGAUGAAGCAGCCGGAAGCAUCCCGCCACGUGCUUUUUCUCAGCAGGGCUGCGAGAGGUGA